AAAAAGAGCAAAACAAAGACAUAAAAAAUGAUUAAAAAAAUAAUCGUCCAAUAGGAAGCCGAAGUUUUCAGGCGGAAAUAGCCUGAGAAGUUUUUAAAUAAAUAAAGCUCAAAAGGUUAUCAAGUUUAUGUCAAACGUUACGAUUAAAAAAUCGAGUUUACAGCCCACUUUUAGGGCCCAUCAUCAAAAAAUCAUUAAAAAAACACCGUAGUAACAAAACAGCCCUUUCUUCCUUGCAAAAUUCUUUUCCCUUGUGGUCUCCAUAGUGAAAGCGGUCCUAUUUUUACAGUUUUUUUUACAGUUAGAUAAUAGAGUUCAGUUAGAAAACUUGAAAAUUCGAUAUUGCCAUUUCACGUUACAAGGACUACCUAUGAACCUGUCGGCAACCUGCUGUUCUAGCCAUAAACAUGGCCAUAUGUCUAUAAUCGUUUACACCAAUCGAUAGUAAUUCACGAGACUAAAACAAAAAACGUUUCCCUUUAUAAAAAAUGGUAAUUAUUAUUAUUUCCCGCCUACCGGCACGUAAUUCACAAUUGGCGCGCCACUGUGAGAUUUGCCUGCUAGCCACCAGACGUCGCUGCUCGCUAUCAAAAUGGAGUCCUUCUGCUUUGGGUGGCUUCUUCUCUCCGUUCUGUGAUGGUGGUGCUAGCAGCGGUGUUGGUUAACUGUCUACAUCUCGCCUAGCGGCGCGGCUGCUACCGUAGCGGGUUUGGCUGCUGGUUGCUGCUACCGCUGCUGCUGGCUGGCUGGCUAGCUACGCUGUACCAUGAUGAUGAUGUUGGGCCGAUCUCUCUCUCUCUCAGGUCUCAGUCGGUCGGUUAGUGUUUGAGUUGUGCUUGCUUCACUGCCUGCAGCUACUGGAAGGUGGCUGCAUGAGAAUUCGUCGGAUGUGUCCCUUUGCCGCUGCUCCCGAUCUCGUCUUACAAUUCCGGUGGGAUUCUACCACAUGGAACCCACCUAAACUGACGGCAGUAGUGAAGUAGUGACGGCGGAAGAAGGCAGCGUAUGCCGAGCAUGUGAAACCGACGGAUGUGUGUUCGUUUAGAGAGCGAGCAAGAGAGACAGAGACAAAGCGAACGAGAGAAAGAGAGAGCGAGAGAGCUCUCAUAGAGAAGCUAGAGAGCUCCAUUGGAUUGUUGUCUGGCCGCCGUCACAGUGUGCAGGUCGUGCGUCGAGUUCGAAGCGUAUUGAGGAACAAGCGCUCGUUCGAUAGAAGGGUGAGAAUCAGUUUUUCGUCGGCCACCAUCGAAACAGACCGGUCGUCGCACCAGCUAUUAUUGCUAUGACGGCAAGCACAAGUACGAACCUGUCAAUUCACAAUUCGGUUAAUCGGUUACCCUGACCGGGAGCUCUCGGUUGCCACCGUUGCGGCCGUGUCGAAUCACAAAACUAUUAUCGCCGCUAGAGGGAGUGCAAGGGUCGCCGUCACUUACUGCAUCCCAAAUCAGUUGAAAUGAAACGAAGCGUUGGCGUACAACUUGAAUGAACAGCAGCCGAACGAAGAAGGUGAGCGUGGAGACCGGCGAGAUAGCGUUAGAUAGAAAGAGUUGCUACAUGUGUGUAGAUGGCCAGCGUAACAGGCUCUGGCGUAUCGUUGCUGCCGCUCGCCGUCGCUCGACAUACCGUCUAAUCAUUGUCUGUCUCUCCGUCUGAUCUAUUUCUAUCCGGAAUCGUUGUGCUCUGAUGUUUGCUACGGAUCAUGUUUGUUUCGGUGUAUACAUAUGAUUAUAUUGGUGGGUAAGGCAAGGACGAAAACAGUGUCGGGACGGUAUUCCAGCAGUACAGUUUAGGUAAGGGCGCAUUCGGCCGUGUAGAGAUCUAUAGUCGAGACGAAACGCUAUAGCGAGCAUCCAUUUUUACUCUCCUCAGACCAUACAGUGGCUAUAUGAGCGUAUUAAUGGAGCAGGAGUUCACUUAGUGAAGGAUGGUUGUGGACUGAGUUAUUAGUCCCACCUAGUCAGCUCGGACCUCGCUCGAUACAAGUGAGUUCCCUGCUCCUGAAUCAGUGUGUACAUAUAGCAGAAGCCGGCUGGAGAGCAAUGCACUUGACCCCCCCCCCCUGGCCCCGUGAGGAGUGAGAUCCAACGAAGGAGCUACUGCAGGUGAGUCGAAGGCGUUUGUAGUAGUGCUGGUUAUUUGGUGCUCAGUGGAUGAAGAAGCGAUGCGCUGACCGCUCCUAAACAAAACAAAAAAAAAAUAGAUACUUGAAGUGUGUACGUGACACCACGAGCAUCAUCGGGAUAUUACUGUUAAUCCCCAGGCCAGUAUAACAGCGACGGCAACAUCAGCAACAAUAACGAUUGGAAUAAGUCGAUGCACCAUUUGGAUAGGGUGCAUCCGAGAGCGGAAGUAAUAAUUAGUGCGAGUGUGAUAAAAAGCAAAGAAGAAAAAAAAAAAAAGAGCGACCUGCCUUCCCAAAAAAUGUACAUGCCCAUUGUGCAAGCAGUAUAACGAUAACAACAUAUAGUGUAUGUGCUAUAUAUUAUGCUAUUGCCCUAAGGAUAACUAAUAACGCCUACACCCAAAGAAAUCGACCCGUAUGUACAAUGCUUCUAACGCUCUUUUUCCACUUGGCGAGUAACUAGGAAGUGUUCCAGUGCUCUAAAUUAAUAUCUGGGCUCUCGUCUGUACGUUAGAGGAUAGCAAAACUUCCUUUCUUGGCAUAGGAGAAUUUGAUACAAAGGAUUCAGGAUUUCAAGCUAAGUUGACGUGUGCGUGUGUGUGUGUGUAUGUCGGAGGAGGGACAGAGGAAGGAAAUAGCGCGAACGAUCGAGAAAAGUUGGCAUAGUCCUCCGCGGGCGACAACUCGGCCCAACCGCAUAGGAGAGGCGGAUCAACCGCGAGGAUGAGGGAACGCCACUGAACCAUCGUCACCCCCGACAAUCCCUUCGGCCUUACUCAGAAUAUGGCCGAAAAUCAUAUAGCUGUAACGGUCACCCAAGAGGUGAAAGAGGAACAGAAAUCGGUAACGAGCCAGGUUGUUCAACAGGUGCACAGGCAGGACGGGCCUUCGCAGCCCCAAGUACAACACACCUAUACAUAUGAGAGCUCACAGGCGACAAUUGCGUCAAACGGUGGCGGGGCCGCUGGUGCUGCCGGACCAGGUACCGGCGGCACCCAACUGGAGGACAGUAAACACCUGCCGGCCGCUAAUCUCGUCGGAAUCGAAAAACAACUCGUUAGCCGAACGCAACAGGAGGUCAAAACGCAACAGGUGAAAACGGUAACAAAGUUGGUCAAAACUCGUGAGGUUCGUCACAUCGGACCGGAUGGUCAACCGGUAGAUCUGGACUUCGCAGCUGGCCCACCUUCGGACUUCAUUCAAUACCCGCCCCAUCCGGGACACCCAGUACAUCCAGGCCAUCCGGGCUUUCUUCAAGAGGGCGCAGACGGCUCCAUGAGCUACUUCGAAGGACAGCCGCCUUCGCCGGCGAACUAUGACGCUUAUUACAGUAGACCGCCGCCUCCCGCGGGACCGGCUGGCGCCUACCCGGCAAGCGCCAACUUCCAGGAGUACGAGUAUUACCCCUCGGUGGGUGGCCGGCAAUCACCUACCUCAGUCAUCUCGGAAUCCCCGCCUCAUUCGCACGGAGGUGCGGGAAUGUUUCCCCCAGGAGGUCCUCCGACGUCCGGCUACGAUGAACUCGACUCGACUCUCGUUACGCCACAACAGAGGGCCUCGUACUAUCAGCAAGGUUACCCAGGCGGCUACUUAGAUCAACGAAAUUCUUACGAUCCGUACGGCCAAGCACCGUUCGAUGGACAGCCACCACCUCCCCCUGCAGCACCUCAGGCGGGCGAGAGCGGUGGCGGUGGAGUUCGUUUCCGAGAUCCCGAUCUUCACGAGGUCAUCGAGUUCCUCAGCCAUCCAAACAACGUGGUGCGGUCAAAUGCCGCCGCCUAUCUCCAGCAUCUUUGUUAUAUGGACGACAAUAUGAAGCAGAAAACACGUGCACUCGGCGGGAUUUCACCUUUGAUCGAGCUUCUUGCCCAACCGUUCCCUGAUAUCCAACGCAACGCGUGCGGAGCUCUGCGCAAUCUGUCGUACGGUCGGCGUAACGAUGAGAACAAGAGGGCAAUUCGAAACGCCGGUGGAGUUCCAGCGCUCGUCCAUCUAUUGCAGUCGUCACCCGACAACGACAUACGAGAACUGGUUACGUGUGUCCUCUGGAAUCUCAGCUCAUGCGACGAAUUGAAGCGGCCAAUUAUCGAUGAUGCCCUCCGGCCGCUUGUACAAGGCGUACUCAUUCCGCUCUCUGGCUGGGACCGGGCGUCCCUGUCACAUAACGGCGGGGCCGGAGGCGAUAGCAAGCCCGCACAAGAAAUCUAUUGGACAGCCGUGUUCCGUAACGCAUCCGGUGUACUACGUAAUGUCAGCUCGGCUGGCGAGUUCGCGCGCCGACGGCUCCGUGAAUGCGAAGGUCUACCUGAAGCACUAUUGCAUCUCGUACGAACGGCGGUACGGAAAAACGACAUGGAUAAUAAAAGCGUCGAAAACUGCGUUUGCAUACUCAGAAAUCUUUCAUACAGGUGCCAAGAAGUACAGGAUCCAGAAUACGACAAAGCGCCACCACCACAGCUGCAGGAUGGCACAGGGACAACAGGACGUUCGGGAGCCUCUUCCGUUGCGUUCAAGGUUGGUGAAAGUCUUGGCUGCUUCGGCGCCAAGAAGAAAAAGGCUCAAUCGUCAUCAUCUAGCGAACAGAUCGCCUCUCAUCCGUCAUCUGCCAGUCCAUCCGGUAUGGAGCUCCUAUGGCAGGCUGACGUAGUGCAGCCAUAUUUAUCACUAUUAUCUGAAUGCUCGAACCCCGAAACCCUGGAGGCAGCUGCAGGCGCUAUUCAGAAUCUAGCUGCUUGCUACUGGCAGCCGUCGGUUGACAUUCGCGCUGCAGUGCGAAAGGAUCGUGGCUUGCCAGUUCUUGUUGAGCUCCUCCGAAUGGAGGUUGAUCGAGUCGUUUGCGCGGUUGCCACUGCGCUCAGAAAUCUCGCCAUGGAUCAGAGGAACAAAGAGCUAAUUGGCAAAUAUGCAAUGAACGAUUUGGUACAAAAGCUGCCGAAUGGAAAUCCGCAGCACGACAUGGGCACAUCAGAUGAUACCGUAGCCGCUGUACUAGCUACGCUCAAUGAAGUUAUCGUUAAGAACAGCGAUUUCGCGAGCUCUCUCCUUGAAGCUCAUGGCGUCACCCGGUUAACUCACAUCACGAAGCAGAAACAGCGCUUCUCGGGUAGAGUGGUCAAGUUUGCAUCGCAACUGCUCUACAAUAUGUGGCAGCAUGUGGAACUCCGGGAAGCGUAUAAGAGUGCCGGGUGGCGGGAAAGCCACUUCCUGACUAGGAACCUCGGCGGCAACGGGGCCGCGGGGCCCUCGACUGGAUUAGGUGGGGCCAACUACAGCACGCUGUCAAGACCGAUUAGUUCCCAGGGUGGCACCCGUUACGAGGAUCGCACAUUGCCACGUGGCGCCGGUCGAGAGCUCAAUCGACAUCAUCACAACAACAACAAUUCAUCGGCAGGACAAGCCGCUGGUCAAGGCAGCCAGGGGGCCUUCCGGGCUGCGCCUGGAGCCCAGGAAAUGCCUUUAGCUGAAAUGCAUAACCUUUCGAUACAAGAUGGUGCACCACAUCGUCAGCCGCCUGUCGGAGGUGUACCCAUCUUCCCACCUGGACCCCAUCAGCUGGCCGAGGUGCACAAAGGGCCGAUGCUAGCUAGAGAACCAGUUUAUGCCCAAGUGAAUCGGGAAAAAAAGCUGCGCCAUCGCCCCCCCGGAGAUGGUCACAUGAGUCCUGUGGCGCAUCUGCUGAGCCAAAGUGGACAUAUGAGUCCUGUGCCCGGCGGAGCUCUCAACGUCAGCCAUACAACGUUACCACGGGAUACGCACCCAUCUACCAGCGAAAGUACGCACCAGCUUAUUCCACCGGGAACACCGACGCCUAACGGGUUGCACCAUCCGCACGCGAUUCAACAAGUUGUUACAGCCAAUGGAGGCCCAUCCGUGGGAGGUGACUCUUGGGUGUAGUCAAGACACAAUAUUAUAUACGGUGGUGUAUCGACGUUCAGCUAUAGAGCAGCUUCAGUGACACGCUACUGCAGAAGUGAUUCGGGCGCAAAACCAAGUCUCUGAUUACCACUCAAACUUAAUAGCACCACUGAAUGGGAACGCUUGCUCCGUUUUAGUUAAUCGUUAGUUAAUCAGUUGUGGUCGAUUAUGUGAACUGCAGUAGCAUGACGCAAUCGAGGACAAGAGAAAAACAGCCAGAAAAUGAUUAAAUAUAAAAUAUGUUAAACGCGUCUGUACAUUCCAUCAUUUUGACGGCAGGCUGCUCUUGCCCCUGAUGCUAAUUCAUUUAACGGAAUGAGUUUUUAAUCAAAAAUUAAAUAUAUCCAAUAUGAUCAAGACCAUCACUGAACACACUGUUAAUUAAGCUUGUUUUUCAUUGAGCUCAAAAUUUUAUAGAGUACAACUCGUUUCACGCCGUGCAGUAUCGGAACAAACGUCUGUCAAACAGUUUAUUUAUAUGGGACUCAUUAUAUUUAUGCCCCAAUUAUGCCCGUCAAGUUGAAGAGCCAGAUGUAAUAGCUGCAGCUAAAAUAUAAUGACACUAUUUUUUAAACUGCUUUUUUUCACUUAUGCCUUGUUUAAACCUGUGUAUAUGACGAGCUAAUAUUGGAAGAUAAGGAGCUACCGAUAAUCAAAAGCGUAUAUAUAUAUGUGUGUAUGCAUAAAGCUGGUUGGAUCAUGUUGUUUGGCUAUGGGUCCUCACAACCUUUGCUUGAGUUACAAACAUAAGUGUACUAUAAAUGGCAAACUAGUGGCAAAUAAUCAUGCUUUUUUUUUUUUAGAACAUUAGAAGCGGGGAAAAACGUUCUGAAAACGUUACGCACAUCACAUGUGGAACUGUGGCGGAUGUUGGACUAAUGACAAAGCUGGUGCAAUUCUAUCCAUCCCACAUGCCGACAUUAAUGGUACAACGAAACGCUGCCACGAGUGUAUAAUUGAUAACAGCAGAUGGACGUCUGACAGAUAACCAGCUGGUUUUAUAGCCACCAGACAAAACACAAAAAGCAAAGCAAUUGUGUGCAUGUAUGUUACUUCUAUAAGAAAUGAUUAAUUAAAAUUGUACACCAACACACAGAAACAUAUGAGAAGAAAUAUAAUAGACGAAUAUUAGGUUUCUCGCCAAAGGAAAAAUUUGGUAUAGGCCAGACGUUAACCUUGACUUACUGAUCAGAGGUCAGAGAAAAACAUCACAUCGAACAUCGUUUCGAAUGCCGAAACUUCGGCAGCGGCAGCAUACAAAACGGGUGAUAUUUAUCGAACGAAUUAAUAAGCGCGUGCGCUGGCCAUUUUUUCGAGGGGGCGCAUCCAACCUACAAAUAGGAAGGCGCAGGGUUGUCGAGUUGAAUCCCUUUUCGACGAAGCGGUUACCCUUAAAUAUUACCAAUUGUUGCAGUUGUGUUUCUGUACCAUACUGAGUGAUGGUAGUGUGAGGCCAGGUCCGGUGGGGGGUCCCCAACCAAAUAUCUCUAACCUAGGACACGACAAACAGAACGAAAGACAAAAUACGAAUAAAACUAACUACAAUUUUUGAAAGUCAACUAACAGCAACGGCAGGGAUAAGGUAAUCAUAAGUACCAAUCAUGAAUUCAUAAAAAAGCAAUGCUACUAUAACAUAAGAAACAAUAAGAGUCAGAGAGCCGAUAACUACUGGAAACAACAAGGCGGACGUAAAAGAUAGUUUAUAAGUAUUAAGAAAACAGCAAAAUAUAGAACGUUAACAUUAAACAGAGAAAUCUUACAACAGAACAAGGAACAUAAUACCAACGAGAUCAUUAUGAAAACCCAAUAACGAACGGAACCGAUUAACAGAGUAGGGAAUAUCCUGGAUCCGGGACGGAUUCGCAGCAGUUGCUUGCGUUCUGCCCCAAACGCUUGGCCCUGUUACCCAUUCAAAAACAUGUGUAGAAUAUAUAUGGAAUUCUGGAGAGUACGAAGCACAAUAAGAACUAUGGCAACAUAAACAGAUCAGCAUUCACAAUUCAAAAGUCAUUCGACUAGCAGCUAUAUAUAUACAUAUAUAUAUAUAUAUAUAUAUGUAUAUGUAUAUAGGGGAAACAAAACCAUAAACAUGAGUGCAGAUUACACGUACUGAUGAAUUCAUACAAUUCAUAGAAAAAAAUCCUUUAUUCUAACUGUCCUUUCUGAUGUUUUUUGACCUGAUUUAUUGAUUAUGAUGCCGACUCAACGACGCCUAAGACAGAAGAAUAGGUGAAUCAGAUCCCGUCACUUGAACCUCGCGCCGCUUUAUUUGAUAUUUUAAAGAAUAAGAACUAUUAUAAACGAGAGAAAAACAGAUGGUGCAGGGAUAAUGUGAGAGAGAGGUAAAGGGUGCAAGAGUAUGCGCUACGCAGACAAGUAUUGCACACAAUCAGAAUUAUUAUUCUAAUAGAAUGGAACGUUCAGAUCAUUACCACUAUUAUUAUAAAAAUAUGUGUGAUAAUCUUAGAGUCACAAAGUUCACCGAAGGAAGUCAUCUUUAAAUUAAUCCUAACCGAAUAAUUAUCAGCGAGUGUCCACAAGUGAGAAGAGAUACUGUAUUGUACUUCGAUGAUGGAGUGAAAAUAAAACAAGUAUUAAUCAUAAUAAUAACAAUGAAUACAAAAGUAUAAUCGUAUAGAAAACCUCUGUCUCUUCGAAUUCGUACUUGACAAGAGCAUAUGACUAUAACCUACCUGCCUGCCUGCCUGCCCAGGUCGCAUUGACCAAAUCAUACCAUAUUAUCUCAUAGCAAAUACACUGAGGCAAUAUACUUGAUCGUUUCAAGCAGACAGGAUUAGAAACAAUAGCAAUCUUGGCAGGUCGGGUUAACGACUUUGCUCUUAUUGAAUGCGCGCGUCUGUCAGCCUGUGAGUAUGUGUGUUUAGAUGUGCAAGCGGCUGAGUGCAAAUAUCUGCGCAUAUUCUGUGUGUGUGUGUAUGUGUGUAUAUAUAUGUAUGUACAUGCAUUGGGUUCCUAUUCUUAUUGAGUGAUACGUGAACGAAGUUACCCAGGCUCUCAAGGACACAACAGAAUGGAGAAGAAACGCUUUCAUAAUUGAUUCACAGUAGUACGUAACAGAUGUUAUCGACAUAUUGAACACACAAACACACACAUCCAAAUACAAAUAUACCAGCCAUACCAAUCAUACUACUAUAUAGCUCAAUCAAUCACAGUCAAACAGCGUUGUAUAGAAUUGAGAUUCACCCAAGAUAUAUAUAUAUAUAUAUAUAUAUAUAUAUAUAGAGAGAGAGAGAGAGAGAGAGAGAGACUUUAAUGGAAAAUACGCCCUAUACAAGUCGAUAUGAAUUGAACAACUAGGGAACACGCAGAGAAGUAAAUACAUAAAUAAUCAAGGACAGAAAAAUAUCCAGUCUGAUUGAACAGGCCGGCAUUUUGUGGUAUGGUGUCUAUCGCAAGUACGAACUCUGGAAUAAUAGGAACAUACAUGCGAUGCUAGUACACACACUUAGCAGACCGAUGGCAGUACGCCGGAGCUGAGAACAGAAUCGAUAGUAGCAAUUAGAUAACGGUUUCAAUACCGGCUUUAACACCGUCCUCUAUCGGACUUUCCUGGCCAAAACAACAUCCAUAAGGCACUUGGAAAUAGAGAAUACCUUUUUUUUUCCGUACGGUAAUAAACGCUUUUCGUUGACCGAACACUUUUCGCUAAUCUAAAUAGGUAUAAACAAACUAAAAUGUCGCUAAUUAUGUUGAUUAUUUAAUCGACAGACUCGCUUUGGUAGCGUUUGCCCACAGAAACAUGAGUUGGCAAAGAGCGCCAGCGUUCGCUAAAACUUUUGCCUUUCAAAAUACGGCAUGUAGAUUUCAAUGAUAACACAUGAAAAUGAAGACUUUUAAAAAUAAACAUACAAACUGCGACAAUAGAUAUAAUGAAGGCUAUCGACGAAUCGGUCAUGUCGCUACAGUCCCUGCAAAAAGGACACUAUGUUGCCACAAAUAUAUAUGUAUUCUAUAUAAUUAUUAAUCCUGUGUAUGAAUGAUCAACCUGGCUACAAAGCUGAGGUUAGAUCGAGAAGGAAGCUCGACUUCUAGAGGCGCGACAGUCAACAUUUAAUUUUACGCGUGUCUAAGAUAUAUAGAUAUAUAUAUAUAUAAUAAAUGUGUAUGUGUAAUUGUACUUAAGUAUAAGUGGAAUACGAAUGUAUGAAGUGUGCCAUGGCCACUUUGAUGAGUAAAUGAUGAUUCUAUCGGACAUCACUACAUAAAGAGAAGAAUGGAAUAGUAACCAUUACUAUCACUAUUAUUAUAAAUAAUGAUCAAGGUCGACUAUACGAAGACGGAGAAAUAUGAAAGAUAUAUGAACAUAAUUCCGAUGACAAUUAUACAACUGAAUUAUAUGAGAGAGAAGAUUUACGAUAAACCACAGUCCAUGCGUUCCUGGCGAGGUUUGUCAUUGCCUGCGGGUCGGUACGAAUAUUGAAUUCAUUCUCGUGAAAGGACGGUGGUGGACGACGAGCUCCUGGCGCAGGGACGUGCAGUUACUUUGUUUUGCAGCCCACCAUUUGUAUAUAACGAGCCGCACAUUGCUCAGCAGAGAGAGAGCGUAACGAAAAGUCAUGAGUAUAUAGGGGUUGGUGGAUGGAAAGGAACAUCAAGAACAGAUGGGAGAAGAUCGAAGCACACGUGUACUCUACCACACAUACAUAAACAAAAAAUACAGGUGGAACGGAAAAAAGUCGGAUAUAUAUAUAUAUAUAUAUAUAUAUAUAUAUAUAUAUAUAUAGUUAUUUAGAUGGUAGGAAAAACUAAAAACGGAAAGCAUAUGUUGCACGCAGCAAGUUACAAGAUCGAAGAAGCCAGCGAAGUAUCGAAACAAAGGGUUACUCUACGUCUGAACGUGUAAAGCAAAACAACAAGAAAACAGUAAGUCUGGCAGAGAAAUAGUCAAUCGUAAGAGAGCAUGUUUGGGCCUCUGGACAUAUGACGGGGUCUGCUGCGAUUACGUGGCAAAAGUAAACAAGAAAUAGAUAACAAACAAUAAGGCCGCCUAUGGCGAUGAUAAUAGAGAUGACUUUACUAUGAAUACUAUUAAUGAUAAUGAAUAUAAAAAAUGGAAAAGAAGACAAAGAUGCGGAUGAUAAGAUAGUCGGGUACGUGCGUAUGUGUACAAGCGAAUAGUUUCAGAGUGAACUGAAUGGCGUUGUGAAUCUAGCAGCAGUACUGACAUAGAAAAAACGCCUGUCAUUUUGAGGAGACGGCGCUGUAAAUUGACGCUGCCUGGAAUAGAGGACUCUGCGUAAUGUGGAAAUUAAAUGAGAUGAACAGAAAACAUGAGGGUAGAAGAAAUCGGCAGCACCGGUUCAUUUUUCCGAAAAAACUAAAACAUUAGAGAUAUUCACGAGCGCAAUGAGAAAAGACUUGCUAACGACAGGAAGGACGCUCAAAGUAAUUUAUGUGUGUGUGUGAUCAGAACAGGUAUGAUAAGCAUGAUUGACAGCACGAAAGGAAUUAAGAAAGUUAGUGGACUGCAAAUCAUUAGGAAAAAUUGCACGAAGGGAGAACAAUGCUGCCUAGAUAAGGUUGGAGAAUUCGCAAUUGGUUAAUAGUUGGGAGCGUACACCCGUAUGCGUUUAUUGCCGGCUACGGGUAAAUAUAAUGGUUUUAAAAGUAAAUUCGUCAGUUAAUCAAAAAGGCAUCCGGCGAGUUCACAAUUAAUUCAGUUAUAAGAUAAGAUAAUAGUUUACAAUAUUAGCCUCUAGUGCCCGCUAAAAUAAAAUUGAGCCAUUCUGAAAUUUAGUUAGAUAGCUUCCUAGAAGAGCAGCGUAACUGGCUUGAAGAAGACCUUUGAACGUACGUGUCUUCACUAUAGAGGCUAUGACGGUCUACCCAUUGAUACGAGUAGAAACAAAGGCGGCAGGAUAAUGAUUGGAGCCAUUGGGGUACCAAAAACUUUUCCUCAUCCUUGCGAGGACACCAAGUUGCCAGAACGUUUCGUAAUCAUUUAGCGAUACUCGUAGGCAAUCUGAAGUAGCACGCUAUUCAUCGGACAUUUAACUCGACCGGCCACCACCGUAUCACAUUUCAAUCAUUCGCUGAGAGCUGAUGCUUUGCAAGAUGAAAAAAUUUAGGUACGAAAGCGAAUAAACACAACAAAUAAAUUAACGGAUUUAGCGACAGAUAGCCGCAUGCAGGUGGUCGUGAUGGUAAUGACGAUGACGAACACGAGAGGCUACUUCAUUCCACGUGCGCACACAUUGAAAUAUAGGAUGAAAGCAACGAUGGUAGAGAGCGCGAAAGCAAGAGAGACAAAGAGAGAGAGAGAGAGAGAGAGAGAGAGAGAGAGAGAGAGAUGAGAUGAGAUGAGAUAAGCGAACACGAUAAAGUGAUCAGUGAGGAGUUAUCGAACGGACAAGAGAAAUUUAAAAAAAAAUACAAUAGAAAUAGAACACACGAAUAAACAGCAGCAACAGGAGGAAAUAUCGAAGAACGUCCCGUACGACACCAACAAUUACAUUGACCACGGCGCCAGCGGCAAUGAACGCGCGGCGACUCAAUCGUCGAUCAUGCUAUUCAGUUAAAGAGGUGGGCUUUUUUUUUGGAAUUUUAAUGACACCAUAGAACAAUUAGGACGAAACAAAUGAACAAAGACAGUAGAAAAACCGAUGCGGUUAAGCGAAAAUCAUAGCGGACGCCGGCCAGUAUCUCCAUUAUAUACAUACGUAAUAUGAAUGGUAUAUUGUAAGAAUAACAGUUAUACUUCUUAUUCAUAUAAAAGGAGAACCGGCGCAAUUUGAGAGUAAUAAUAAUAAUAGUACCAAUGAUAGUAAUGCCCGUGCCGUGCCAAUCUGCUGCAAAUAAGACUAGCAAAAGAAAAAAGAAGAAAAAGCUGCCAACAGUUUGAAAUGUAAACGACGUCGAUAGUACGUAAGCAAAAUGACGCGAAUAAGAGAAACUCAUAAUGGUAACAUGAAGCACGAAAAAUGGUAUGAUGGAUAAUAUAAAUAAUGAAAUAUAUAUAUAUAUAUUUCGCUUUAAUGGGACCGCAAACAGGCCGACAGUUUGACGGAUCGAGGGUAGGCGGUUAUGGUAACGACGGGGUGACCGUCAUUCAGAUGUUACGAGUGCCACUGUAGGCGAUACGGAUUAUCGUAAGGGACGUGAGAGAUCUAACCGGUAAAAUUCAAUGUAAAACAGGCAGGGACAGAAUGAGAGAAGAACGAAACGAAAGAGAAUAACAAAUCGAAGAAAGAGCCAGUCGUUACGAAAGACAGUAAAAUAAUCGAAUACAAAACAGCUCGAUUGCAACAACAGAAAAUGAUAUGGAAGACGACGAUGACGCUAAUGACGAUUUCUAUAUAAUUGAAAGUCUUACUAUAACAAAUAUAUGUACCACUAAUAAAUCAGUUAUCUGCUAA